GGAUAAAUGACAUAACAAGCCGAGACAAAUACAGAAGAGAAAGGAAUCGGCAAAUAGAGCGCUGUCCAUGGUACUGAAACUCUAAGCGGAACACUGGGGCAACUCUCCAUGGUGCUGCUAAUAUAGGCAAAACGCGGCGGGGGUUACUGUCGGAAGUGCUGAUUGUACAGCCCUACUCCUAGUAGGGGCAACUUAGCCUGCCAGUGAAUGUGCUUGACUGGAACUGACUAAAGGGAUUUUUCCUCUCUCCCUCUCCAUUUCAUGGCCAUCCCACGCAAGAAGGAGGGAUAUUUAUUGGAUAUUCUCCUCUCCUGCAAAGUCUGAUCCCCCCGUUCUAUCAUUCUGAUGGCUCUUCCCAUUACUACCUAAGCUGGUAUCCCGUAAUGCCUGCCCCUGGCCAGGCCACAGCUCCGACUCGUUUAAUUCCUACUCAUUCUGUGUGUUAGAGUAAAGCCCCACUUAACCCCUGCGCUGGACACACAGACAUUUAAAUGCCCCGGCCUUAAAAGUCGUUAUGAGAACUUUUUCGUAAAAGAAUCUCCCUGACAGCUGGAAAGAAGAAGAAGAAAAGGGGAUCACAAUGGAGUUUAGGAAAGAGGAAUUCAAGAAACUAGCGGGGAAUACGCUAGGACACCUGCACAGGAUAUUGGAGAAGAAGCAGACAAAUGGAGAAACCAUUGAGCUGACGGAAGAAGGGCGGCCUGUCGUCAAGGAAGAAAAACGCCAACCAGUAGUAGACUGUACUUGCUUUGGGCUUCCUCGUCGGUACAUCAUCGCCAUCAUGAGUGGCUUGGGCUUCUGUAUCUCAUUUGGCAUCCGAUGUAAUUUGGGUGUAGCCAUUGUGAGCAUGGUCAACAAUAACACAGUCUACAAGGGGAAUAAGAUUGUUAUCGAGCAAGCACAGUUCACCUGGGAUCCUGAGACUGUCGGCAUGAUACACGGCUCCUUCUUUUGGGGUUAUAUAGUCACGCAGAUUCCCGGAGGUUACAUUUGUCAAAAAUUUGCAGCCAACAGGGUGUUUGGGUUUGCCAUAGUAGCCACGUCUACGUUAAACAUGUUGAUCCCGUCGGCUGCGAGAGUGCACUUCGCCUGUGUGAUCUGCGUCAGGAUCUUACAGGGUCUCGUAGAGGGAGUAACGUACCCAGCAUGCCACGGGAUUUGGAGCAAAUGGGCACCACCCCUGGAGCGCAGCAGACUGGCAACUACGGCAUUCUGUGGUUCCUAUGCCGGAGCUGUGGUGGCCAUGCCUUUGGCUGGGGUCUUAGUUCAAUACUCUGGGUGGAGUUCAGUUUUUUAUGUUUACGGAAGUUUCGGCAUAAUGUGGUACAUGUUUUGGAUACUUGUGUCCUACGAAAGUCCAGCAAUACAUCCUACAAUAUCUGAGGAAGAGAAGAAAUACAUUGAAGAAAGCAUCGGAGAGUCCACAGGACUCAUGAACCCAAUGGCGAAAUUCAAGGCUCCAUGGCGCAAGUUCUUUACCUCCAUGCCGGUGUACGCCAUCAUUGUUGCAAACUUUUGCCGUAGCUGGACCUUCUACUUGCUGCUAAUUAGCCAGCCUGCUUAUUUUGAAGAAGUAUUUGGGUUUGAAAUCAGCAAGGUUGGACUUCUCUCAGCUUUACCCCACUUGGUUAUGACAAUUAUAGUUCCUAUUGGUGGUCAAAUUGCUGAUUUCCUACGGACCAAACGGAUAAUGUCUACAACCAAUGUGCGCAAAAUGAUGAACUGUGGAGGGUUUGGCAUGGAAGCUACACUUCUGUUAGUUGUGGGUUAUUCCCAUUCAAGAGGAGUUGCCAUCUCCUUCCUGGUCUUGGCCGUGGGAUUCAGUGGUUUCGCCAUAUCAGGGUUCAAUGUGAAUCACCUGGAUAUUGCCCCCCGCUAUGCCAGCAUCCUCAUGGGUAUUUCCAAUGGAGUUGGAACUUUAUCAGGAAUGGUGUGCCCACUGAUUGUAGGAGCCAUGACAAAGCACAAGACCCGUGAGGAAUGGCAAUAUGUCUUCCUGAUUGCUUCCCUUGUCCAUUAUGGUGGUGUUCUUUUCUAUGGGAUCUUCGCCUCGGGGGAGAAGCAGCCAUGGGCAGAACCAGAAGAAACCAGCGACGAAAAGUGCGGCUUCAUCCACGAAGAUGAACUGGCAGACGAAAGUGAAGAGCAAAGCCAAGCUUAUGGAGCGUAUGGCAGCUAUGGUGCCACCCAAACCACAAGCCAGCAGAAUGGCGGAUGGACAGCUGAGUGGGAGAAAAAAGAGGAAUUCAUCCAAGACCAGGGAAAGGACCCCUAUUUAUAUGGGACAGUUGCUGAAAGAGACUUAUCUUGAAUAGAAUUACAAGCAAAAAAUAUAAUUAAACCAAUAUCAAUGUCUCACCUCUAUCUGCAAGACUGGCGAGUACGAAAGGAGAGGUGACUGGUAUUUCAGUGUCUCCCCAUUUUUAGCCACAUCAUUACAUGGCACCCUUUCUAUUGUUUCAAUACCUUUCCAUUUAUUAUACAUAAGGGGGGGAAUAAGGCAGUGCCUACUCUUCCUUGGACUGCCCCUACAUUUCCAUUGGCCAAUUCUGUUUCUGGUAUCAGUGAUUUGCUUGUUACGUGUAUAGAUGCCGCAAAGGCGUGUGUGUUAUAAGAGUCUAUCACUUGUAUAAGUGUGUAAGCAAUAACAAAUGAGAAGGUGCGUUUAUCAUUGACAGUGAAUUGAGUUAGACGUACACAUUACUAUGUGACUCCCCCAUGCUAAAACCAGGGAUAUAAUGUAGAACAUUUCCAUGAUGAUAGGGCAUGGCCAAUUCUUAGCACCACUUGGUGUUAACUAUUCAUUUUUAAAAAAAAUAGAGUUAUAUAAAAAUAUAUAUUUCCAGAUAUCUAUAUAUAUCUUUACUCCGUGACGUAGGGUCAUGUUUCCACAAUUCCACCAUGCCAGCCAAACUUGUUUUAAAUGAAUGUGGCCCAAUGAAUUCAGUGUUUCAUUGAACUAGAGACAAAGAGGAAUGCCUGGCAUGAGUUGUUUAGCAAUGCAACUCCCAGCAGCCUUCAGCUGUUGUGAAAUUCAGCACCCAGCAGCCUCAGACAGCCAUUGACUGGGAGGAGGUGCAUCAUGUGCCACAUGUCUGGCAUUUCUGUCCUAGAGUAACAUGGGCGUGUUCAUAUUACAAACCAUUGUAUCUGUCGCCAGUUGUGCAAAUUGUGUGGUCAUGGCAUGUUCCUUUCACAUUUUAAUAUGGAUACAUAAAGUCUUUUAUUGGGUGUCUUCAUUAGUACCCACUAAUUUCUCUACUUUGAGCUCCAGACUUUUUGGUCUUUCUUAUCCAACAUGGGCAGAUUAACCAACAUACUGGCAAAAGACACACCAAAAUAUAUUACUUCCCCCAUCAGCUGACAACCCUCCCCUGCCCUUUCAGGGUGGACCAUUUGUUAGUUCAUAAUAUGGUUACAGAUACAUGAAACCUUGGUUGUUACGAUGAAUCUGCCUCUGCCCUAAAUCACGCCCAAACUGAUCAUUCAAGAUAGAACUCCCCCUAGUGUCCUCUAUUUUGAGGCCAGAAAGUAUUUACGAGCUUCUACCAAACACCCGGAAGCUAUUUUAUCAGGAGAUGAAAGGUCCAAGCCAAUGAACAGUAUGCAACAUCAUCUCUGGUAGAGCAUGAGAAGUGCGUUGCUAUGGAGUUACCUCAUUGCCCAUUAUAUUUAUAUUCCGUUCGGCUUAUUCCGUAACUAUACGAUUUUCUGUAAAUUAGAAUUGGAUGCCAGACACCGUAGUGUCAUGCCAAAUCCCUCCUAGACCUUAUCCAAAGAAAAGAGUUGGGUAUCGCUCAAUGAGUUUCUUCUGUUCUUGAAGAAACAUGAGUCCAGCAGAGACGGGUGAAGGGUUGCAUGCAGUAUUUAGGCGCGGGCAUUCAUACGUUCUAUUCUCAGGAGCAGGCCUGCCUAAUGCAUGACCAAAGGCUUUUAGCAACCUUCAAGAGCUGCGAACAAUCCCAUCAGCAAACUUGAGGGCUCCAUAUCUGUCAUGGCAUUUCAUCACUUCAUGUAGAAGAUGGACAGCUGUGCCCUUGAAAGAGAAUUACAUUGAUGUUCUAAAGCCAUCAGUCAAACAAGGCACAGUGAAGUGACAGGUGGGGAAACCUCACACUGCAGAAGGAAUAGGUUUCUGGAAAGGGUAAUGGCGCUGGACAAUUAACCAUGGAAAUGUGCAGUAAUUGUACAUAAUAAAUUCAAUUCCAAUUCUGAGUUUUGAGAAUAUUUUUCACUGCUGUUUAUGAGUUUGUCAGUUAAUUUGCUUUGCAGUAAACAAUGUUAUCUCAUA